GCGCCGCCGGGCUGGACACUCUGUACCUCACAGUCUAUGGCUGCGCGCCGGGUAACAGCCGCCGAGCUCCGGGACCAGUGCUCCGCGGGCGCCUGCUGGCUCCUCCGGGGGAGCAGCGUCUACGAUGUGUCUAGCUUCGUCAAGUUACAUCCCGGGGGGGAGCAGCUGCUGCAGGACCGAGCCGGGACCGACAUCCAGCGGGACCUGGACGGACCGCCGCACCGGCACUCGGACAAUGCGCUCCGCUGGUUACAGCAGUAUUAUGUGGGUGAGAUGGAGGAGCCGGCACCGCAGCACUUAAGAGAGCGAGGGAAUCACUACACAAAGAAGUCGCCGCACUACUCUGACGGCAUUCAGUUUACAACGUUCAAUCCAGAAAAGGACUUGGUAGACUGGGAGAAGCCGCUGCUCUGGCAGGUUGGUCACUUGCGGGAAAAAUAUGACGAAUGGGUUCAUCAGCCGGUGGACCGACCCAUCCGACUCUUCCAAUCAGACCUUGUGGAGUGGUGUUCAAAGACGGCCUGGUACAUCGUGUUGGCAGUGUGGGCGCCAGUCGUCAUAUAUUUAACCUGGUAUUGUCUCACAGAACUAGCUCGAGGGGAAACCAGGCUCUUUGCUUCAUUCACUACAGAAUACUCCAUCCCUGUUCCAGUGUUCUUCUUCUUCCCUUUGUUCUUCAUUGGAAUGAUGGUCUGGACAUUAAUGGAAUAUGGAAUUCACAGAUAUAUAUUUCACAUGAAUCCUCCCGCCAGCAACUAUUUCCUCAUCACCCUGCAUUUUAUGCUUCAUGGACAGCACCAUAAGGCUCCCUUCGACAGCUCACGUUUGGUUUUUCCUCCAGUCCCAUCUUCAUUUGUGAUCAUACCGCUGUACAUCCUCCUGCAGGUGGUCCUCCCUCCGGUAGUGGGGCUUUCCCUUUUUGUCGGGGGGCUGUUCGGAUAUGUGGCUUACGAUAUGACACACUACUACCUACACUAUGGUUCACCCUCUAAAGGGUCUUACCUUGCCUGGCUCAAGUCUUACCACGUCCGCCAUCACUUUGAACACCAGAAAUCAGGAUUCGGCAUAACCAGCACUCUAUGGGAUCGUCCAUUUAAUACCCUCCUCCCCGAAGACGCCACUAAGGAUUACUAGUUGCUUCAGAAAAUCACUGACUGUUAUGCCUGCUGACUGCAAGUGACAUGUUGGGGGAGGAGAAAAACAAUUGUAUUUCAGUCAUAUGUAUAUUUUUAUUUUAUUUUUUAUUAUAAUUUUUUUUUAAAUUUUAUUUCUUUUCCAUUGAUCCCAUGGAAGCGUUUCAGCAGGAAUUAUUUAUUUAAAUCUAAAAAACAAAAAUCUAAGAAGAGAAUCACAGAGUGGUACUAAAGGGACUGGUUACCAAGUGCCCGACCUCUUCCGGUUGGAACCGCGCUGCGUACACCAAGUGAGACGUUGACCCGACCAUGAAAAUAAAAAAGUACUACUGUUCAAAUACCAAAAUGGCACUGAUCGUUAGAGCGUUAACCCUGUGAAAUGCUCACUGUAAAAUCUGUAAUAUGUACAAAUGUCAAGAAAUAAACUAAUGUGCC